UCUCCCGCAGGUGGCGGCUGGACGAACCGCCUGGCCGGCCUCGUGAGGUCUCUGCAGCCGCCUUCGCCCACCGCCGUCGCCGAGCCGUCGCCUCCGCCCGUGCUCAAGUCGCCCACCCACGGCUCUCCCGCAUACACGCCCACGCGAGGCCUGGGCGCCCACGCCCCUGCCGCAGACGCCGCAGCGGCCGAUGAGAAGGCCAGGGCAGGGCCGGCCAGCGGGGAGCGGGAGGAGGAGGCCGGCGACGCGAUAACUCGAGCGGACGCGGCGCCGUCGCUCCCGGACGAGGCUGCCAAAGGUACGACGUCCGACGCCAAGCAGUUCAGGAUAUACCAGACCAUUACCAGAAAGGUGCAAAAGCUCUUGUUCAGGAAGCAAGGAGUACAAGAGGAGAAGGAGGUUAAGGACGAAAAGGUAGCGGAAGAAGGGGAAAAGGACGAAGGGAAAGGAGAAGAAGAAGAGGAAGUAGAAAAGGAAGAAGAGGAGAAAGCCGAAAAGUCGCCCCUUCUUCAAGAGCGCGACGAGGAAGAAGCGAAAGAACAGGUGCCGAAAGACAGAAAGGAAGAGGAAAGGGAAGAGGAAAAAGACGAAGGAGAAGAGAGGAGUGCGAGGGAGGAGCUUGAGAAGAAGAAGAGUGUUAGCGAGGAGCGCGAGGAGGCAGGAUACGGCGAGGGAGUGCAGGAUGGCGCCAGGGAGAGCCCUGUGAGUGAGAAGCAUGUCGGCAGCGAGGACGCAUGGAGAGAGCUGACAGACAAGGAGAAGGAGGAGGAGGAGAAAGAGCAGGUAGAGAAAGAAGGAGCCGAUGACAGUAAAGCGAGCGCAAAGGAGGCCGAGGAAAGGAUCUAUGACCUCGCGGAAGGCCAAGAGGAGAGAAAGGAGGCAGAGGAAGUGAGCGAGGAGCCGCAGGUCGCGAGCUCGCGGGCCAUCGCCAAGGAGAUAGUGAGCGACGCCAUCGAGCAGGGCGCCUUGGCCGUGAGUGAGGGCAUCUAUGUGAGCGACCGCCUCGUCGUGAGUACCUGCGACCUCGCCAGCGACGGUGAGGUGGUCGGGAUCGUCCGCGAGGGCGAAGAGCAUAUCUACGAGGUCCCAGCCGACCUCGUGCGCGAGGCCCAGCUCCACCUCCUGGUGCUGAGGGGCGGCCGGCGCGCCCUCACACCCUCGCCCGGCCAAGAGGAGGGCAGGCGGAGGAGGAAGGAGGACGUGGUGAUCGUCCGCCGGAGGAGGAGGAAAGGUGCCGAGGGAGAACAAGAGGAGGAGGAGGAGGAGGAACUGGUGAGUGUGGUGAGGAGGUCCCGCACGGAAAGCUGCAGCAGCUCGGUGAGUGAGGGCAGUGUGAGGAGAGUGAGUCGCGUGGUGAGCGAAGGAGGCGAAGAGGCCGGCGGAGGAGGAGGAGGAGGUGGAGGCCGCGUCAAGAGUGUGAGGAGGGUCGUGUCCCUGACGCAGGCGCAGUGGCGGAGGCUCCAGGGCAGCGUCGGUUCCCUCACCACCGCCCUCAGGUCCCGCUACCACAACCUCCGACGGCUCCAGCACCCCCACCACGCCGUCCCCCACCACCACCACCAUCAGGAGGGCCCGGAGGAGGAGCAGCAGCAGGGGCAGGACGAGGUGAAGGAGGAGCAGGGAGAGCGCGAGAGAACCUUGGGGGAUGGAUGGGCGGGUCAGGAGGACUCAGCACGCCCACGAACGCCCAAGGACACGACUGACAGACGCCUCACUCCCGAAGAAGGAAGAGGGAGGAGGGAAAGAAGGGAAGGAGGAAGAAGGGAGAAGGAGGAGGAAGGAGAGGUGGAGAAGGAGAAGGCUGCAAAGGACAGGGAAGGAAGAAGGGAGAAAGGCGAGGAGAAAGCGGAGAAACGAGAACUGGGAAGGAGAGGAAGGAGUAAGGAGGAGGAAGUUCCCAAGACUCGGCGAAUAGAAAAGAAAGAGGGAGACGAUAAGGUGGGAAAAAUAAUAAAAGAGGAAGACGAGAAAGAAGUGGAGGAAAUUAAGAAGGAGGAAGAAAGAGAAGGAGUAAAGGAAAAGAAAGAAGAGACAUUACGAAUUGAAGAAUCAAGAAAGAAAGCGAAAGAACAUAUUCAAGAGAAAAAGAGAGAUUUGGCAACUGUGAUUGAAAGCAUAGAAGAGGAGAAAGAAAAGGAACAAGUGAAAGAAAGACAAGAAGAAGGAAAGAAAGCGAAGGAAAUUGAAGAGGAAAGAGAGAGGGAGAAGCAACUAGAAAGGGCGAAAGAAAUUGAAAGAGAAAAGGACAGACAGAGAGAGAAAGAAAGAGAAAAGGAGAGAGCAAUCGAAAGAGAAAGAGAAAGAGAGAGAGUAAUUGCAAGAGAAAAGGAAAUAGAGAGAAAGAAGGAAAUCGAAAGAGAAAAGGAGAAAGAAAUCGAAAGAGAGAAAGAGAGACAAAAAGAAAUCGAAAGAGAAAAAGAAGAGAGACAAAAAGAGAUCGAAAGAGAAAAGGAGGAGGCGAGACAAAAAGAAAUCGAGAGAGAAAAGGAGAAGGAGAGAGAGCAAGAAAUCGAAAGAGAAAAGGAAAAAGAGAAAGAGAAAGCAGAAGAGCUAGAGAGAGAGAAGAAGAAGGGGGGGGCCAGUUGGAAGAGGAGGAGCUGGAGAGAAGCGAGUUACUACAACAAGAAAAAGAGAGAAAGCGAACUGGCCGAUAGGGAAGUGAGCGAAAUCCUCGAACGGCAGCUAAAGGAGGAGGAAGAGGAGAAGGAGGAGAAGGAAGAGAAGCGGAAGAAAGAAGAGAAGGAAGAGAGGAGGAAAGAGGAAGAGAAGCGGAAGAAAGAGGAGGAAGAAGAAAGAAGGAUAGAGGAAGAGAAACAAAGGAAAGAAGAGGAGGAAAAGAGAAAGAAGGAGGAAGAAGAGGUGAGGAAGAGGAAAGAAGAGGAGGAGAGAAAGAGGAAGGAAGAAGAGGAGCGAAAGAGGAAGGAGGAAGAGGAGAGGAAGAGAGUAGAAGAAGAGAGAAAGAGGAAGGAGGAAGAGGAGAGGAAGAGAGUAGAAGAAGAGAGAAAAAGGAAGGAGGAAGAGGAGAGGAAGAGAAAGGAAGAGGAGGAGAGAAAGAGGAAGGAGGAAGAGGAGAGAAAGAGGAAGGAGGAAGCAGAGCGAAAGAGAAAGGAGGAAGAAGAGAGAAAGAGGAAGGAGGAAGAGGAGAGGCAGAGAGUAGAAGAAGAGAGAAAGAGGAAGGAGGAAGAAGAGAGAAAGAGAAAGGAAGAGGAGGAGAGAAAGAGGAAGGAAGAGGAGGAGAGAAAGAGGAAGGAGGAAGCAGAGCGAAAGAGAAAAGAGGAAGAGGAGAGAAAGAGAAUAGAGGCAGAGGAGAGGAAGAGGAAGGAAGAAGAAAGAAGGCGAAAAGAGGAAGAGGAAAUUAAAAGAAAGAAGGAAGAAGAGAGAAAGCGAAAGGAGGAAGAGGAAAUAAAAAGGAAGAAGGAAGAAGAGAGGAGGAUUUUGGAGGAGAAGAGAAAGCAAGAAGAGGAAGAGGAGAGGAAGAGACUUUUGGAAGAGGAAAGGCAAAAGAGAGAAGAGGAGGAAGAGAGAAAGAGGAUAUCCGAGCGUGAAGCUAAGAAGAGAAAGGAAGAGGAAGAAAAGGAGAAAGCAAGGUUAGAGAAAGAAGCUGAGGAAGAGAAGAGGAAAAUAUCAGAAGAAAGGGAGAGAGGUAAGGAAGAAAUCGAAAAGAUAGCGACAGAAGAGAGAACCGAAGAGAUCGCGGGCAUAAGAGACAAGAAAGCAGAGAGAGAGGCAGAGGGGGACGACGAGGCAAAGGAGAUAACUCGAGAAAGUUAUCAGAAGUUACUACGCGUUGAUGAGGGUGACGACGCCACGUCCGAAACCCACGACGACACCCAGUCUGUGAGUAGAGCCGACGCCAGGGCCAAGCGAGGGCGCUCCCCGGCCAGGGAUUCCAGGCUGGACGAGAUCGGCGAGGACCUGGUGAGCGAGGUGAUCCAGGCUGCGACCAAAGCCGUGUGCGAAGCGGCCGAGAGCGUAGCCGAAAUCGCGUCCGAAAUCAGGCGCGAGGACGAGGCGUCCGAAUCGGGUCAGGCGCCGGAGGAGCGAGUGCCAGGCGACGCAAGUGUCCUGGAGUCUGAAGCGGACGAGAGUGCCAUGUCCAGGCGCGUCUCCGAGGGCAGCGUGGAGGGCGAGCCGGUUCCCAAGAGACCCAGCCUGGGCGAGGGCGUGGCAGGGGGGCUGGACAUCACGACGGGCGGGGUCGCCGCCUUCACCACCACCCCUGCCACCCCUUCCCCUACUCCCUCCCCGCCCCCUUCCCCCCUCCCGUCCCCCGCCCUCACCCCCUCGCCCUCGCAGAGCAUCAGCAUGACCAGAAAGAUGUUCUGCCAGGGCAUGAUAGGCAGCGGCGGACGCCGUCUCGGGUCAGACGAGGGCGACGGAGAAGACGACGCCGUUGCUGCCGCUGCUGAGGUGGAAGUCAGUGAGGGCGAUGCCCAGAAGAUGGGCUUCGUAUUCCUGGCGGUGGCGCAGCAGCAACAGCAGCAGCCCUUCGAGAGGACGGAGAGCAUGAUCGCCAUGAGAGGCAGCAGGGACGAAGAUGCCGAGGAAGAGGUGGAAGAUCUUUCGAAGGACGAGGAGCUCGUGUCGGAGGGCGAGGUCGGAGACGAGGCAGGGGGUGGCGCAAAGGCCGGAGAUAAAUCUGGCGACGGCGAAGUCUCACACGGAACCAGCGAAGCCAAAAAGGUCAAAGAGAUGCCCAGUCAUGCCAAAGAGGCCUCAGACGAUACUAGCGAGGGUCGAGAUGAAUUCGGACGUGAUGCUGGAGUUAUCCGGAAGGCGAAAGAUGGCUUUCGCACGGUCCGUGAGGAAGCCAUUGAUGCUGAGGAGACCGGAGUCGAAGCGAAGGAAGAAAUGGAAGGUGAACUGCAGGAGAAGGAGGAGGAGGAGGAAGAGGAUGAGGAAGAGAGUGAUGAAUACAGCGACGCGUCUGGCUUCGUGGGACAGUACAUUCUCCAGCAUGAAGGAGGGGACGAGGAGGAUGCUGGAGAUGGAAGAGGCGAAGGAGAAGGAAGAGGAGAGAGAGAAAGAGAUGGAUAUGGAGAUGAAGGAGUAGCAGAAGGCUAUGACGAAGAGAAAGGAAGAGAGGAAAAAGAACUGGAAGAUGAAGAGGAAGACGAGAAAAUGGAUCUGGAAAGUGACACCUCUUUCGAAGAAACGUACGAGGUUGCACUCAAGCAGGAGCUGAAUGAAAGAGGAGGAGAAACGAGAAAGGGAAGUGGGAAGGGGAAAGAAGAUAUUGAAAUUACGAUGGAGGAGGACCUCGUGAUUUGCACGCGAUUUGUAACGGAGGAAGAGAUAGAAGAUGAGAGAAAAAAUAGGAAAAUGGAAGUGACAGCGAAGGAAAAAGAGGAUGAGAGGGACGCCAAGAGAAAAGAGAAGAAAGACGCUGAAGGGGGAAGGCAGGAGAGAGAGCUAAAGAGAGGGGAAGAAACCCCGAAAGAAAGCAGGGAACAGCGGAGCGGGCAAAGGGAAGGAAAGGCCGAGGCAAGAGAGGCCGCAGAGAGAGGUGGAGAAUAUGAGAAAGAAGCGGCGAGGAAGGGAGAAGAGAAGAUUGAAAGGAAAAUGGACACAGGAAGGGAGAAGAGAGGUCAUAAGGGAGAGAAAGAAGACGGCAGGCGGGGGUCCGAACAAGGUGCCGUGCAAGUGGGCGUGGAGACGAGUGUGGGCGGCCCGAGAAUCCUCAUCACGGCCGCCCACGGAGGAGUAGCAGGAGGAGGCGGAGGCGUGGACACCGAAGACCGGGCGGCGGAGAUGGGAGGCAGCGUGGGCUCCACGGUGUCCAUCCACCACCACGCCCAUCAUCAUCAUCAUGACACCUACGCCUCGGCCUCUACCCUCGCCGCCCACCUGGCCGCCCACCCGCGGCCACCCACCCCGAAGUCACCCAUCACCGUGGACGAGUGGGUGGCCGCCCUGCCCCACCCGACAAGUGUCGAUGACGAGGGAGAUGCGUGGACUUGCUCAGAUCCUGGAGGGGAGGAGGUGGCCGAGGACCUCCUCAAUCUCGGUGCAGAAGCUGGCCUCCUGGGGGGUCCUGGAGUGCUGGUUACAACGGCAGGGGAAGAAGGGGAAGUGCCAAGGCGAGGUAAUGUGGUAUCCUCGGUUGCCCCCUCAUCGGUGACACAACCCGCCACAGUAAUGACAGGUGCUAAGGAUGUCCCCUCCAGCCCUCGCCUCCGUGGGCCUUCCUUGUCUCCGCUCCAGACAUCCAAACUCUCAGCAUCUCCUUCCUCCACAAGACCACUAACCCUCUCGGAUGUGGCUAGUACUAUGCAAAGACAGCAAGAGCAAGAGCAGGCAGAAGCCUUAGGGGUGGAGGGACGACGCUCACAGUUUGCAGGGCUGCGGGAGAAGCAAGCCUCCUUCCAGAGUGAGCUCUCAGGGCUAUCUCUACAGAGCAAGUCAAGCAUUGACUCACUUCUAGAGUCACGCGAGGCUGACCCUGUGGAUGUAUUGCUUAGUCUGGGGUUUGGGGGCCAAGCGCAGGACACAGUCACACGCAUUCCAGAGAGAUUUCUUCGUCCUUCACAGGUACCAGGCAAUAAUAUUGAGGAGUUCCUGAAAUCUGAAGAUGAGUUUUCAGACAUGAUGGAAUCAGCAGAGUGGAUGCCUGGCCUGGACCCUCAAGGGGUGACGAUGGCAGGUGCGUUGUCCCUGUCUCCUAGAGGCCGGUGUCGCCUACGCCGACGCCAGUACUACCACAGGCCCUCAUCCCCACAGCCAUCAGUGCGAUCACUCCCGGCUUCCCUCCACCACCCAAGCAGGUCUCCUCGUUUCCUCACAGUCCUCUGGGAAAGUCACGCUCGAGCGUUCCCCAGAACAGUAGUGGAUGAUGACUUUUGAUAAGGAUGUGAGCUCUUGCUCUUGCCAACUAGAUCCAGCAAAGUGCUAGCCCUUGUACAACUUGUCUCUUUACAAAGAGACUUACACAUUCCUCAGCAACAUGUGCGAAACACUAGUAUUACUUAAAUGAACAUGAUUUUUGGUCAGCUGUUGAAAUGGACCUCAUAGAUUUUUUAUUAUUGAAGAUGGUGCAUUACACAUAGGCUAAGAGGAAGUCCAUUCUAAGUUUUAUUACUGACCACAAAUCAGGGAAUCCUCCAUGAUUUAUCUCCUUCAGUAUCCAUUGUUUUGACAGCUUGUUAUGAUGUUUAUGAUAGAGUCGGCAAGUUGUUUCAUUGUUUGUUAAUAUUCAAUUGAUUAUUCUUGAAACUUUGAAGUAGCAUGGUUGAUAUUUCCCUUGCAUGGUCACUCCCUUUCCUGUGCAUGUAUGCAAUAAGUUUGUUACUGUGAACAUGUUUAAGAGUGAGUCUUUACUGAACUCAUGAUAAAGAUAUUGCACAUUAUGCAUUUGAAGGUGUCAUUUUGUAACUGUCAUCUUUGAUUAUAAUUGAACCUCUAUGAUUUUGCAAAGUCUGUGC